UAUCUAUAUCAAAAAUAUAUUUUUAUAUAAUUUCCUAAAAAUGAACUAAAAUAAAAAAAACUACAAAAAAAUAAAAAUUAUUGAGUAAUAUAAAAUAGAAUUAGGUUUAUAAAAUCUGAAAAAAUGUGCGCAUGUACUUUCUGCCCGACCUGUCCACCAAUAUUACCGUGUGGUACGGGUCCUUGUUGUUACUCGUGUCCCCCGCCGUGCCCAUGUUGCCAGCCGUGCUGUCCGCCGCCAGUGCCUUGUACGCCGUGUCCGCCGUGUAAAUGCUGCCCAGUGUUCCGGCAGUGUCCAGCCCCCGUGAUUCCUGACUGCGUGCCACCUAUAGUGCCGAUUUUGCCACCGUGUAGACCUCGUAGGUGCCCGCCUCCUGAGCCGUGCCCGCCUCCUCCACCUCCACCAGUCUGUUGUCCACCUGUGCUUCCCUGCUGUCCCCCACCUCCGCCAUGCGAUCCGCCACCGGUCUGUCCGUGCCCAGAGCCAACACCAUGCUAUCAGCCGGUGUUACCCUGCUGUAAUCCCCAGUGCCCUCCUCCUAUUUUACCCAAACAACGACCUAUUUGCCCCCGGGCGCCUCCUUGCCCCUACCCAUGCUUGCCGGUAUGCCGUAGUUGCUGCCCACACUGCGAACUUGACCCGGUAACACGACGACGGCCAUUAAUAGUUCAUGACAGUGUGUUCCACACUAGGAAGACUGGAUUGCCUGGCGAGUGUUUCACGAGGACCUCCCCUAACAUACGGUAUAAAGUUGAAAAUUAUGUGAGACAGGGCCCACAAGCUUGUUGUUGGUAUCCAGUCCCAGUUCCUCUACGGUAG